AUGCCAUGCUUCGCAGAUACUAUUAUAAGAAUUAAAUAUGUUAAAAAUAGUGCGAGUAUGAAUGAAGAAUCAGAUUCGACUUCAAUCUGGACUAUUGGGAAAUAUCCAGUAGGAGAGGAGAAUUGCGAAAUUGAGUUGACAUUAUUUUUACCUAAUGAUGAAAAAGAGAGAGAUCUUGAUACGCAGGUUGUUUUUAUAAAUAAUGAGUUUUAUUCUGUUGGGAGAAAGAUUGUCCCCGGAAAGUAUAAUAAUAAUAUAAGACCGAAGAUGACGGUUUCAUCAUCUACACAUCUAAAAAUACUUGAUAAAGUUCCAUUAUCGAAUAAAGGUAAUAACGAAGAUGCUGUUUUUGAGAUACUUGUAGGUGACUAUGCUUCUCGAGAAUAUAAAACAUUUACUUUUAAGGUUGUUUAUCCACACCUUAAAUCAAGGUUUAAAUAUGUAAAGAAUAUUAUUUGGCCACAAGAAUCGAUUAUUUUUGUGGUUGGUAUGAUGGAGGUUAUUGAGGGUAAUUUUUAUGUAUAUGUGACUAAAGUAAAUAAUAUUGAUGUUGCUACCUUGAAUAAUAGUGAUGACAAAACUCAAAUGCCGUCAAUAUCAGCAAAAUCAUUACGAACAAAGCUUUUAUUUACUCAUCAAAAUAUUAAGAAUGUAAAUAGUGUACCUAAUGUUAAAGAAACUUCAGAUGUUUUUGUAAAUAAAGAUAGUAAUGAAGCAUUAUUGGAUGAUUUAUUCUCACCAAAACAUAAAAGAAGUAAGGAUACAGAUGAAUAUGAUGAUUUGUUUGAAACUGAGAAUGUUGAUUCUAGUGCUAAAAUGAAAGAUGAUUUUAUGGAAGAUAAUAGAGAGAAGGAGAUAAGAUCUUUAAGUAAUAUUGGCGAACAUCAGAAAAAAUUUAAAAGUCAGAAAAAAGGUAAAGUGCAUAAGACACGUAGUUCAAAUUAUAAGGAAUCACAUAGUUUUGAUGUAAAUAAUAAGGAUGAUAAAUAA